UUUGUGAGCUCAAGACAAUUUUUUUCUCACCUACAACUCUAUUUUCUCAGAAAACAGUUGGAACUUGGAGAAAUCUCUUACCGGAAAAUGUCGGACAGAACGACGAAGUCUUCGAAUCAUGACAUAGUGGAAACACCAAUUUUAGCUGCUGAAGCAGCACAACCACCUCCGCCGGGAGACGGCGCCAGCGGAGUAGGGGGAGGAGGAGGAUGGGGCGGUGGCUGGGGACUGUCUGCCUUUUCGUAUCUUACAGACUUUCAGAAGGCUGCUACUGUUGCUGCUGAAGAGAUAUCUCGCAAUGUGGCUCUAUUGGUAGAUUCUGAAUCCUCAGACAAGGAGGAUUCUGAAGUAACUAAUGGUGAAGUGGAAAGUGGAGACGAGAGUGACAAGAGAUGCAAAGCUGCUCUAGAAAAACUAGAGAAAGCUAGUGAAGAUUCAUUCCUUGGCCAGGGUUUAAGAGUAAUGGACCAUUCAGUCGAGAAUUUUGCUUCGGGAGCUUGGCAAGCAUUAGGAAAUGCAAUCAAAGGAGGUUCUGAUUUAGUCCACAAGCUUGAGAAUUCAGCAGUAAAUAUUGCGGAAUCAAUUCAGCAUGGUGGUUUACCUGCCACACCUGGUUCCAUUGCACCAUCCAUACUAGAGACUGGAAAAACUUUUACUGCUAAAGGAAUGGAAGCGCUUGAGCUGUUGGGCAGAGAAACUAUGGAUCUGCUGAUAUCAGAAACUGGUAUGGAUGUUGACAAGAGCUCCAAAGAAGUUGAAGGGAAAAUAGAUGAAGAUCAGUUCUUUGAGGAAGUCACAUUUGAUCGAUGCUUCUAUAUUUAUGGUGGUCCAGAGCAGUUGGAGGAGCUGGAGGCAUUGUCCAAUCAUUACGCGAUGCUGUUCAACCGGAAAAAAGCAAAAGUUUCAUCUGAUCACAGGUCUUCUUACGAUGGAAAGCUUAAAGAGGUUCAGCAAAUUUUUGACUUGAGUUCUGAAGUUGAUGGAAGUGAUAUAGAGUCAGAAAAAGGGAAAACAGUUGAGACUGGAACCUGGGAUAGUACAGAUGAGGUGAAGAAUUUGCAUGAUUCCAGUGUGAAGAAGGCUGCAGAAUUAGCAGCAGGAUUUGCAAAUGCUUUGGCUGGACUAGCUUCCAAUGACAUGAUUCAAAGGACAACCGGGAGACUGGAUACCCUUCAUUCAGAGGGUGUUCAUAGGCUUUCAGAACUGUGCUGUUUUGCUGUGUCUCAACUUCUGGUGCUUGGGAAGUCAAUCAUUUCUGAUGCAAAUAAAGUUAUGGACCAAGAUGUCAAGGAGGAAACUGAGAAAAUUGAUUGGCCUGAAGAUUCUAUUGAAAGAGCUAAUGUUAUACGAGCAAAGGCACAAUCAAUGACCAGAUGUGUUCAAGCAGUUUCUUCCAGUUUUGUUACAGGCAUAUCAGAUGUGGCUGAAGCAUAUUCAGCAGCAAUCAAAGGUGCUUCCUCUGGCUCACAGGAUUCUCAGAAAUCCAUCCAGGAAAAGGCCAAUGUGUAUUCUGGGAAUCUUUGUGCAGAUCAUAGCACAGCCAUUGGCAAGAUUCAGGAUGGGAUUCAAUACUUAUCCUACGUGGUCGUCUCAGCCUCAAUGCCUGCUGCUUGAAUUUCUAGAUGCAAAUAUUCAGCUUGUUUGUAGUUUCAUAUUUUUUUCCCCACGGUGUAAAUAACUUAAAGUUAGUUUACUUUUAAUAUAUACGUUCAUCCUUUUAGACUUGUGCAACCGGAGAGUUUGCUCAAUGUCUUCCUAAAUCAUUGUUAUGGUGAACAUUUAUGAAGUGAGUCAGUGAAUAUUAUUAAAGAA